CUAAAAUUUAAAUUAAAGAUUAUACAUGAAACUUCAGACAUGGAAAGAGAAGAGAUCAUCAGAGGCCUAUUUUGCAAUGGACACACACAGAAAGAAAUCAUUUGGAUACUAGACAAAGUUUACAGCUACAGAAUAUCUGACCGUCAUUUACGCCGAAUUUUAAAAUCUUAUUCCUUGUGUCGUCGUGCACUCAAUAGAGACCAUCAAUCUAUUUUUAAUGCUGUUAAAAAUGAAAUUCAAAUUUGCUCCCCCAUGAUUGGUGUAAAAGCAAUGCAUAGGAAAAUCAGAGAUCUCAAAGGCAUUCGACCAUGCUACAGGAAUGAUGUAUAUCAGGUAAUGAGAGUGCUCGACCCAUAUGGACUACAAUUUCGGCGUCCAGGACAGUGUCGUAUCCCUCGAAUUGUUUAUAGCUGCAGAGGCCCAAACGAUGUCUGGCAUAUUGAUGGAAAUGAUAAAUUAAAGUUCUAUGGAAUUUGGAUUCACUUAUGUAUUGAUGGUUUUUCCAGACGUGUUAUAUGGCUUAAUGCGGGUACUACUAAUAGAAAACCGGACAUAAUUGGACGAUAUUUUCUCAAUGCCGUUGAUAGUGCAAAUGGUUGUCCAAGACUAGUAAGAUCGGAUCGUGGGAUUGAGAAUGUCCUGGUUGCUAUAUUUCAGACAUCUUUUCGGUACUAUCAUAAUGACUCAUGUUCUGGUUCCAAGAGUUUUCGCUUUGGAAAAUCUGUUCACAAUCAGCGCGCAGAAUGUUUUUUUGGCCAUCUUAAGAAGUCGUGGAUAUCUAUGUGGCAACAAAAUUUUGAGACAAUGGUGGCAGCAGAGAUACUCGAUUUGUCCAAUCCAGUUAAUAUACAUUGUCUCCAGUUCUGUUUUCUUCCUCUAAUUGAUCAAGAAUUGAAAUUUGAACAGUGUGAAUGGAAUGGACACCUAAUUAGAAAGCAGAGAGGAUUUCACAAUUUUUGUGCAAAACCAGAUGUGCUUUACUUUGCUCCACCCAACGGGAAAGAAAACAAUAUUUGUUUGUUAGAUCCAGAACUGAGAAAUUAUGCUGAAAACUUUGCAGCAGUAGCGGGACAACAUCUUCUUGUAGCCAGUGAAGAGUUUAGAAAUUUAUCUUGCCAAUUUUUGCUCCAGCGUGGAUAUACUAUGCCAAAGACACGUAGUCAAGCUUUUGACUGUUAUCAAAUACUUUCUGCAUCUUUUGACUUCAUUAUAAAUAGAUUGCAACUGUGUCCACCCCAAACUUUUGUGCAAGCUAUUGAUGUCUAUCAUACUAUCUUUCAUUCAUUUUAUUGAUAUGAUUGGUCUCUGACAUCUAAAGGCUGCUAUUCAACUAUUCCUACUAUAUAAUCAAUAGUGUUGAAUCCUGUCAAAUAUUUAUCUUACAAUUAUUGCUCUCUUUAAUGUAGAGGGAUUUUGUAUUCACCGCAAAUUCCCUUUCUAGUAGUCCCAAACUGUAAGUGCAGACAUUAGUGGUCUUGUCUUCAUUUACCUCUGGAGGCACUACAGAGAAUUAAUUUUUUUCUUGUACCUCCUGGUCCCUCACACUGUGUAUAUAUAGUUAAGUCUCUACCUCCUCAUAUCCUUUCCGUUGUCAAGCUCAAGAUAGAAAGAUGUCCCUGUGGCCAGACUAAAAAUCAGCCUGGGUGGGACUUACUGCACUCAAAGUUUGUGCCUACUAAAAACGUUUUUUUCUGGUGAGAACAAAAUUCCGUUUUAUAUAGUCGACCCUACUGUCAAUACAGAUGUUAAUGGCGAUCCAAAUGCUGUCUUCGGUAGUUAAUUUUAAUUUGUGGUUGGAUUUAUGUUUAUUGUGCCACUGUCACAAGUCAGGUCCAAAUAGGGACUCUCCUGUGAAAUUAAGAGAAGUCUAAAGCUGGCCAUAGACGCAAAGAUCUCAUUGUACGAAUCAAGGAUUCGUACGUUUUUCUUAACGUGUGUGGAGAGUCCCGACAUUUUUCGUCCGGCUGAGAUCAGACAGGUUAGAAAAUUU